AUGAAGCGGUCUGAGCUUGAGUCGCUCAGCAAUGCUGUCCUGCGUCAGUUGGUCAUCGAUGCUACCGAUGUACUGGCCACAAGGGCUCAAGGAGCCGAAAAAGAUGAAGGAACAGCGAGAUCCGGAGGCUUGUUCACUUUCGGUUUGGCCAGCAAUUCAAGCAGCACGGCAUCCGGCUCUGCGCCAGCUUUCGGCGGUAGCUCCAUAUUCGGUGGCCAAUCUGCACCUUCGAGUGGGCAUUAUUGGCACGGGAGCGGGUCCAAGCUCUUCGGUGGCACGGGCGGUGGCCUCUUCUCGUUCAACAGUUCCUUCUCGCCAGCUCCAGGCGCAGGCGACACAGAUGCAGGCGCAGGCGCAGCCAAACCAGUCGACAAGGUCGAUGGUGAUGAGGAUGACGAGGUCGACGAAAACGAGCUUGUCCAGGAAGAAGAGGUACUAGCUGUGAAAGGCUGGACGCCUUCAAUGACACUUGAGGUCCGUGACGACCUUGAAACCGGAGAAGAGCGGGAGGAGGAGCUGUACUGCCAACGCUCCAAACUCUACCGGUUUCGCGACGCUGAAUGGAAGGAGCGCGGCGUGGGCGACGCCAAGCUUCUGAAGCACCAGGUGAACGGCAAGAUCCGCUUCCUGUUGAGGCAAGAGAGGACUGGCAAGGUGGUCGCCAACCACUUUCUCGUUGAUGUUCCGCCAUACUGUCAACUCGAAAAGAAUGCCGGCAGUGAGACAACCUGGGUGUGGUGUGCCAUGGACUUUUCUGAAGACAGUGCUCAGAUGGAGCAGUUUGCCCUCAGAUUUCGGGAUGCAGAGCUGGCAGAGAAGUUCGCUCAGGCCAGGGCGCCAGGAUCAGUGCCCCAGUAA